CUUCAUAAUUUUGUAUCUGAUUUUGACUUGUAACGCUAACCUAAGUGUAAGAUACGUGUAACUAUGUUCUUAAAGCCAUUUAUAGAACGAUAACAUUAUCAACAAUAAUAUUUCAAUAAUGGCGGAAAAAACAAAAAGUAUGAGCCAUGUGAAACAUAUUCCAAAAGAUGCUCAGGUUAUAAUGUCUAUUAUGAAGGAUAUGGGAAUUACUGAUUACGAACCGAAGGUUAUAAAUCAGUUACUUGAAUUUACGUAUCGUUAUGUUACUUGUAUAUUAGAUGACAGUAGAAUUUAUGCAAAUCAUGCAAAAAAGAAAUUCAUCGAUUUGGAUGAUGUUAGGUUGGCAGUUAAAAUGCAGCUAGAGCGUACAUUUACAAAUCCACCGCCAAGAGAUGUAUUAUUGGAUGUAGCUCGUGCAAAAAAUAAUAUACCAUUACCGUUUGUAAAACCAAGUAAUGGCUUGAGGCUACCACCUGAUCGAUAUUGCUUAAAUGCAACAAAUUAUAAAUUAAAGAAUGCAACAAAAAAGGUAGUAGGAAAACCGUUGCAUUCAUUAGUAGGAAAUAACAUUCAAGGUGGUCAAUCAAAGAUUAAGGUGGAAGGAAACAAAACUGGUCUUUCCAUUGUUAAAAGACCAGGUACACUUGCAACAGUUGCUAGAACCCAAACAAUUUCAAUACCAAAGCCUGUUUUAAAAUUUUCAACAGCCACAACAGGACCAGCUACAGUAAAAGCACAAGUCUCUAAACCAAAAAUACAAAUCACAUCUGGACAAACAAUGCCUCCUGUUAAAAUGGAAAUAGAAGAUUCCAUGAAACGGAAGAGAGAAGAUGAUGAUUAUGACAUUCCAUAAUGAUAAACAAAAGAUACAGAAUAAACUUUUAUUUUAUGUUUCUAUUAUAAGACACUGUCAGCCACACUGCUGCAGUGAUGAUUUUAAUUCGAAUGUUACAAAAAUGUUCAAACAUUUGAAACCUUCUCACAGUCGAUGCUGAACUUUUGAAUAGCAUUGUACAUUUUUAAUUCGAGAAAUCAAUGUUAAACAUAAUUAUAUAUAAGAAGAUAAUUCCAUAUAUCUUAUUAAAGAAGAAAUUAUUUUCAUUAUUUUCUUAUUUUUUUUAAUCUUUCAGGUAAUCACCAAAGAUAUGUCUUCCUUAAAUGUUUAUCUUCAAUUCAUAAUAAUAAAUUUAAUAAGUUCCGUUUUACUUCAUCGACGUUCACCUUUUGACUAAACUUUGUAAACUUUGGCAAAAUAUCAUCCCCGUAAAUAACAUUAAGUCGCAUAAAAAUAAAUAUUUUAUUGAUUAAUAUUUA